GUUAUUCCUUUUACAGAACCUAUUCAUUUUACAGUACCUGUUCAUUUUACAGUACCUUGAUAGCCAAGUUAUUCCUUUUACAGAACCUAUUCCUUUUACAGUACCUGUUCAUUUUACAGUACCUUGAUAGCCAAAUUCUUAUGGAUGAAUAUCAAAGCAAUUUUGAUUUAGAUGAAGAAAUAACUUCUACAAGUCAAAAAAAAUAGAAGUUGGGGCACAAUUUGAAUCAUUUAAUGAUUUGCAAGAAGCUAUAGAUAAAUAUGAAAAUCUAGUGUUUACAAAUUACCAUAUAGCAACAUGUACCAAGCUUGGUAAUUUUGAUGAAAACAUUAUUCGAACAAUACAAUACAAAUAUAUACGUUAUGUUUGUAUACAUGGAGGAAGACACUUUAAAAGUGUGGGAAAGGAAAACGACUUACCCAAACUUUACAACUAAAUUGCCCAAACAGCUUUUCAGUAAAGCACAUAAUAAUAGGGGAUCUACAUAGGCUAGAGGUUUCCAAAAUGAAUAGUGGGCAUAAUCAUGAUUUGGAUUAUAAUUUAUUCAUGCGUUUACCUAAGCAAAGUAAAAUAAAUGAUGAAUCAAGAUCAUUAAUUGUUAAGUGUUUAAAAUAUGAUGCCUCAAUUCCUAAAAUUAAAUAUGACCUCCAACAAAAAGGAGUUUACACAACAAAUCGAGAUUUAUAUAAUAUAAAAAAGAAAAUAUUAUAUCAACCAGGGGACUCUGAGCUCCUGGAUGUUUUUAACUUAUUAAAAAAUUUAAACCCUAAUAAUAUUAUAAAAAUAGUUUCUGAAAACAAUGCCCUUCAUGGGAUAUAUUACCAAACCCCAAAUAUGAAGGAUUACUUUAUUGCAUUUCCAGAGAUUCUCCUGGUUGAUGCAACUUAUAAAUUAAAUUAUUAUCAAAUGCCAGUAUUUACUCUCUUUGUUAUUGAUGGCGAAGAACAAACGAGAUUUGCUGCUAUCUGGAUAGUCAAAUCUGAGAAUUAUUUAAUUGUUAAAAAUAUGUGUGAUUUAUUUAAAUCGUACAAUGAUAAUAAUAAUAAAAUUAAAGUAAUAAUUGCAGAUAAGGACUUUGCUGAUAGACAUGCUUAUAGAGAAGCCUUUCCUAUGGCUUCACUUGAAAUAUGUACGUUCCAUGUACAACAAACAUUUAUUAGAGAAAUAACCGUUAAAAAGAGAAAUAUAAAUUCUACCCAGGUAAAGGUUGUGUUAAAUCUUUUGAAAAAAAAUGAUCUACACCAAAACAGAGGCACAUUAUUGGGAAAUAUAUAUUCAUUGAUGGCAUUAAAUUUUCCAGAUGUGGAAGAAUAUUUUAAUAAUAAUUGGCAUAACAUUCGACACGAGUGGUCUUAUCCAUGGCGGUGUAAAACCACAAAUUUUUCUAUUUAUACAAAUAAUAGGACAGAGAGUAUGAAUAGGGUACUCAAAACCCCAAUAAAAAACAUUCAAAUUUAACAAAUUUUUUCAAAAAUUUGAAUAUUUGUAUAGAUACCUCAAAUGAGGAAAAGAAUCAUAAUGUGAUUAUGAAUCUUAAAAAAAUAUCUACAAUAAGUUAUCCAGAAAAUAGUGUAAAAUUCUAAUAUAAAAUAUAUUGACUAAUGCUGCCUUUAAAAGGAUAUU